GUUUAUUGAUUGAUCUUCCCCGCGAGAUCCGCAUGAUUACUGUAUUAUCUCUUUUCAUUCAUCGUGAUUCGUGCUGAUAUGGUUUGCGUUCUCCUCCUCCCUUUUUUCUUUCACUUCACUUGUGUAGAUGCAUUUGUUUUCAGCUUCAAUCUCGAUCUUUGAAUCUCUAUUUCAGUAAAGAGCUGUUUUGAUCUUUGUUCUUCGGUGGGAGUGUCCCUCAGUUUGUUUGUUGCUUUUGGUACUGGAUAAAAGGGUUGGGGUUUUUAGGUUUCUUGGUUUUGGUCAGUCUUAUUUGAUGUUUGUUUGACUAUAUUUGGGGUGAUGAGACGCCGCCCUGCGGCGAGUUUGCCUGUGGAUCAAAUGGAGAAGGGGAAUGGCAAGAAUCACCAAUCCCGGAUUUGUUUCUUGGCGGCUCUGUCGGCUUUUUUCUGGAUUUUGUUAUUGUACUUUCAUUUUGUUGUUCUAUCUGGGAGUAACAUAGAUGAGCCACUCAAAUUGGAACCGAGUUCCCAGAUUUCCCAGCCGUCAAAAGUUAUCCGUGUGCCCAAAUCGAUACCUGUAUAUGUAAACAAUCCCUCUGUAGUUGAUGGCUUGCCCAAAUCAAUCCCUGUCCGUGUAACCAAUACCUCUAUAGUUGACUCCACCAUAUUACGAACUAGCAAUGCAGAUGAUGGCGGAGAAGCAGAGAGCUUCCCGUUCAUGAGAGCAUUAAGGACCGUAGACAACAAGAGUGAUCCUUGUGGAGGAAGGUAUGUUUAUGUCCAUGAUCUUCCUUCGAGGUUCAAUGAAGAUAUGCUUAAGGAGUGCAGAAGUUUGAGCCUUUGGACCAACAUGUGUAAAUUCACUAGUAAUGCGGGUCUUGGUCCUCCUCUGGAGAAUGUCGAGGGGGUGUUCUCAAAUACAGGAUGGUAUGCAACAAAUCAGUUUGCUGUGGAUGUGAUAUUCACCAAUCGGAUG